UUGAAAAGUAUAAGGGCAAUUGAGCCUGACUGCUUAUCUCGUCCUUUAAUCCAGGUUCUGUUCCGCUCUACUGUUUGUCUCAAUUUACUGCCGCAUGUUGAAAAUCAUUCAGGCUCAACAUGUCGAGAGAGAAAGAACCACUUGGGUCCGAGCUACAUGCUGACGACCAUGGAAGGGCUCUCUAUGAAUCACAAUCACAAUCAUGGUCUUCCGCUCCUAUGCCCGUAUCUGCAUCUGAACGAAGAGAGACCGAUUCUUCUCACUCUCAUUCGACCUCCUCCACGAGCUCCACUCUCGAUGCCGAGAUCGAACACCACCGACUCCCCACGAAUAUCCGCCGUGCAUCACUGAACCCUAACGACGAGACCUAUCUCACUCAACUUGCCAGCGCAGACCACAACAUCUCUCGCGUUAGCACCCUCGCUAAUAUCUCUACGAACGACCCUGUGCUCAACCCGGACAGCAAAGAUCUCGAUCUAUAUAAAUGGCUGCGAAAGAUUGUACAUCAGCUGAAUGAGGGAGGGAUUCCGCAGAAGAAAGCCGCCAUCUACUUUGAGAACCUCCGUGUUUCAGGCUCUGGGUCGGCACUGCAGCUUCAACAAACAGUGUCUGACCUACUUACGGCGCCUUUUAGACCUCGUGAGACUUUCAAUCUUGGUUCCAAAACUCCCAAGCAGAUUCUUCGAGGCUUUGAUGGAGUGUUGGACAGUGGCGAGUUGCUCCUCGUGCUGGGCCGCCCUGGCUCAGGAUGCAGUACAUUUCUCAAGACGCUCUGUGGUGAGUUGAAUGGGUUGGAUCUAGAUCCCGCAUCAGUGAUUCACUAUAGCGGCAUUCCCCAGAAAACAAUGAUCAAGGAAUUCAAGGGUGAAGUACUAUACAACCAGGAAGGAGACAAGCAUUUCCCCCAUCUUACCGUGGGGCAGACAUUGGAAUUCGCUGCAUCUGUCCGAACCCCGUCAAAGCGUCUACAGGGCAUGUCACGGAAAGAAUAUGCAAAGAUGAUGACGAAGGUAGUCAUGGCUGUGUUUGGCCUGAGCCAUACCUACAACACCAAGGUUGGAAGCGAUCAUAUCCGGGGUGUGUCCGGCGGAGAGCGCAAGCGCGUCAGUAUUGCAGAAAUGGCUGUGUCAGGGGCCCCCAUCGCUGCGUGGGAUAACUCAACCCGCGGCCUUGACUCCGCCACCGCACUGAAGUUUGUGCAGUCAUUACGAUUGGCUGCAGAUUUAGGAUCAUCGUCUCAUGCGGUGGCUGCCUACCAAGCCAGUCAAGCUAUAUAUGAUCUGUUCGACAAGACUGUACUGCUCUACGAAGGACGCCAGAUCUACUACGGAUCGGCCAAUAAAGCGAAAGCGUUCUUCGAACGUCAGGGAUGGUUCUGUCCUCCACGCCAAACGACUGGCGAUUUCCUGACCUCUGUUACCAAUCCGGUCGAAAGACAGCCAAUUGCUGGUAUGGAGGCCCAAGUGCCGCGUACUCCGGAUGAGUUUGAAGCAUACUGGCGUCAAUCGUCUGAGUAUCAAGAGCUUCAAAAAGAAAUGGCUGCUCAUCAGCAACUUGUUGCUUCGCAGUCAAAUGAAAAAUUGCUGGAAUUACAACAACAAAAGCGUCAAGAACAGGCUAACCACACGCGGGCUGCUUCACCUUAUCUCCUCAGCAUUCCCAUGCAGAUUAAACUUAACACCAUUCGAGCCUAUCAGCGAGUCUGGAAUGAACGAACUUCGACACUAACAACUGUGAUCGGAAACUGUGUGUUGGCUCUCAUUAUCGGUUCGGUCUUCUAUGGCUCCCCUGCAACAACCUCAGGGUUUUUCGCCAAGGGCGCUGUGCUUUUCUAUGCUGUGCUCCUUAACGCUCUCACGGCAAUGACAGAAAUCAACAGCUUGUACUCUCAGCGCCCGAUUGUGGAGAAGCAUGCAUCUUUCGCUUUCUAUCACCCAGCAACGGAAGCUAUUGCAGGUGUUCUAAGCGAUAUACCGGUCAAGUUUCUGCUGGCAGUGGUCUUCAACAUCAUCUUAUACUUCUUGAGUAACCUGCGCAGGGAGCCAUCGCAGUUCUUCAUAUACUUCCUCAUCAAUUUCAUUGUUAUGUUUGUGAUGAGUGCUGUAUUCCGGACUAUGGCGGCAAUCACCAAAACCGUCUCACAAGCAAUGACCUUGGCCGGUAUCCUGAUUCUUGCCUUAGUCAUUUACACAGGAUUCGUGGUUCCAGUGCCUAAAAUGCAUCCCUGGUUUGGUUGGAUUCACUACCUCAAUCCUAUCUACUACGCGUUCGAGAUCCUGGUUGCCAACGAGUUCCACGGACGGGAGUUUGCUUGUUCCCAAUUCGUUCCCUCCUACCCCAAUCUCCAAGGAGACUCUUUCGUGUGCUCAGCAACAGGCGCCGUGGCCGGUCGUCGGACUGUCAGCGGCGAUGACUAUAUCUGGGCUUCGUACAGAUAUACUUACAGUCACGUAUGGAGGAACUUCGGUAUCCUCGUCGCAUUCCUCAUCGGUUUCUUAGCCAUAUAUUUCCUCGCGACCGAGCUCAAUUCGUCCGCCACCAGCACAGCUGAAGUUCUGCUGUUUCGUCGAGGGCACGAGCCUGCCUACCUCAAGCAGGGACAAAGUGCUAACGCCGAUGAGGAGUCUGGCAAGCCCGCAGCGACUUCGGCGCAUGACAAUACCCAGGACAAUGCGCGUGGCAAGCAAGAGAACGGCCUCUUCUCCAUCCCACCUCAACAAGACGUUUUUACGUGGAACAACGUCGUCUACGAUAUUGAGAUCAAGGGCGAACCACGUCGACUCCUAGAUCAUGUCGCCGGCUGGGUCAAGCCAGGGACAUUGACUGCAUUGAUGGGAGUUAGUGGUGCUGGAAAAACUACUCUCCUUGAUGUCUUGGCUCAUCGCACUACGAUGGGCGUUAUCACCGGUGACAUGUUUGUCAGUGGUCGCCCGUUGGACUCGAGUUUCCCCCGGAAGACUGGUUAUGUGCAACAACAAGAUUUGCACCUGGAAACUGCGACCGUUCGCGAGAGCUUGAGGUUUAGUGCCAUGUUACGACAGCCAGACUCGGUACCGGUAGAGGAAAAGCAUGCUUAUGUUGAGGAGGUCAUCAAGAUGCUCAACAUGGAGGACUUUGCCGAAGCUGUUGUUGGUGUUCUCGGCGAAGGUCUCAAUGUUGAGCAACGCAAGCUGUUGACGAUUGGGGUGGAGCUAGCGGCCAAACCGAAGCUCCUGUUGUUCUUGGACGAGCCAACCAGUGGUCUCGACUCGCAGAGUUCUUGGGCUAUUUGCAGCUUCCUUCGUAAAUUGGCUGAUGCCGGACAAGCAAUCCUCUGCACUAUCCAUCAACCCAGCGCUAUACUUUUCCAGCAGUUCGACCAACUAUUGUUCCUUGCUCGUGGUGGGAAAACAGUGUACUUUGGACCGAUCGGAAAGAAUUCACGAACGCUUCUAGAUUAUUUCGAAGCCAAUGGAGCCCCGCGCCCAUGUGAUGACGAGGAAAAUCCCGCUGAGUAUAUGCUCGAAAUUGUCAACGCUGUUAGCAACAAACACGGCGAGGACUGGUUCGACGUGUGGAAAAGAAGCAAGGAAGCGGCUGCGGUGCAAGAAGAGAUCAACCGCAUCCAUGCAAGUCGUCAGGAACAGCCGGGAGGACAAGAAGACCCCCGGGAGCAUGACGAAUUCGCCAUGCCGCUGAUGAAACAAUUGCCUAUUGUGAUGCGUCGAGUCUUCCAACAAUACUGGCGCACGCCAAUGUAUAUCGUCGCUAAGAUGCUUCUUGGAAUCUGCUCGGGCUUGUUCAUUGGAUUCUCCUUCUUCAAAGUGGACAGCUCCACACAGGGCCUCCAGGACGCCAUUCUCUCGGUCUUCAUGCUUUGCGCCAUCUUCUCCUCCCUUGUCCAGCAGAUCAUUCCUAUGUUCAUUAUCCAGCGUUCCCUGUACGAGGUGCGCGAGCGGCCUAGCAAGACCUACUCCUGGAAGGCGUUCAUGUUUGCCAGCAUCUUCGUCGAGAUCCCCUAUCAGAUCUUCAUGGGCAUCCUGGUCUACGCCUGUUACUACUACGCCGUCGACGGCGUGCAGUCCUCGUCUCGCCAGGGCCUGAUCCUCCUGUUCUGCAUGCAGUUCUUCAUCUACGCCAGCACCUUCGCAGACCUCUGCAUCGCCGCCCUGCCCGACGCCGAGACCGCCGGCGCCAUCGUCACCCUCCUCUUCUCCAUGGCCCUCACCUUCAACGGCGUCAUGCAGGCCCCCUCCGCCCUCCCGGGCUUCUGGAUCUUCAUGUACCGCGUCUCCCCGUUCACAUACUGGGUUGGUGGAGUAACAGCCACCCAGCUGCACGGCCGCCCCGUUCAAUGCAGCAGCACCGAGAUGUCCAUCUUUAAUCCCCCGGCAGGCCAGACCUGCGGGAACUAUCUGAGCGACUACCUCCAGACCGCGAUCGGCUACCUCAACAACCCUAACGCCACCGCCAACUGCGAGUACUGCUCUAUGUCCGUCGCCGAUCAAUAUCUGGCCGGCGUUAAUAUCUCCUAUAGCGAGCGGUGGCGCAACUUCGGCAUCUUCUGGGCCUAUAUCGUGUUCGAUAUCGCUGCUGCGGUCCUCUUGUACUAUGUUUUCCGGGUCAAGAAGUGGAGCUUGGCUUCCCUCAGGAAGGGAAAGAAGGAUUGAGCUGAGUCGAGGUCUUCGUAUAGAAUCUUCUUUCUUUCUUUUCAAUUCUCCUUCUAGCCUUUCUCUUCCUUUGCUUUCCCUUUUUCUAAUUCACCCUUUCUAUCCCUUUUCUACCUUUGUUUGCUGCAGCCUCCGGACGUUUGGUUUGCUCUCUUCCUAUAAUGACCCGGUGAUCGCUUGAAGUGUUCUAGAUAUAGAUUAGACUCACAUCACGUCUGGAUAUAUUCUUAAUAUGCUUAGAAUACAAAUGCAC